AUGGGUCAUCACCCUCAGGCCAUUCAGACAUGGGUCAUCACCCUAAGGGCACUCAGACAUGGGUCAUCACCCUCAGGGCUCUCAGACAUGGGUCAUCACCCUCAGGUCAUUCAGACAUGGGUCAUCAACCCAGGGCACUCAGACAUGGGUCAUCAUCCUCAGGUCACUCAGACAUGGGUCAUCAUCCCAGGGCACAGACAUGGGUCAUCAUCCUCAGGGCACCCUCAAACAUGGGACAUAACCCUCAGGGCACCCAGACAUGGGACCAAACCCUCAGGGCACCCAGACAUGGGACACCCCCCUCAGACAUGGGACAUCACCCUCAGGGCAUUCAGACAGUCAGCAAUCUCAGGGCAUUCAGACAGUCGGCACCCUCAGGUCAUUCAGACUUGGGACACACCCCCGGACAUUCAGACAGCAUCCUCAGGACAUUCAACAUUGGUCAUCACCCUCUGGGCAUUCAGACAGCUGCUCCUCCCACCGACGUACGGCAGUCUUUGUGUGUUUGCCACGUGCAUCAACCCCGUCCUCGGCCCUCUCGCCCUCGGGGCCAACCACCGGGCUCUCCGUCUCACACGGCAUGGGCACUACACAGUGGCCAACUACUACUACUUCGCCGCCAUCUUCUUCAGCGUUGCAGCCUGUGUGAGCACUGUGUGUGUCUUGAUCCUGCUGACAGUGGAGCUGUCCAUCAGGCGGAGUCAGGAGGCACGUAGACACCGGGAGCCCGACGAGCAGACCAAACGCUGCAUGCAGUACCUGCACGUACUGGACCCGAGCAGAGCUGUCAGACAACUGAAAGGCCGAGGGUCGUCAACCUUGCGAAGCAUUACUUCUGUGGAAACACACACCGGACGUAGCAUUACUUCUGUGGAAACACACAUCAGACGUAGCAUUACUUCUGUGGAAACACACACCAGACGUAGCAUUACUUCUGUGGAAACACACACCAGACGUAGCAUUACUUCUGUGGAAACACACACCAGACGUAGCAUUACUUCCGUGGAAACACACACCAGACGUAGCAUUACUUCUGUGGAAACACACACCAGACGUAGCAUUACUUCUGUGGAAACACACACCAGACGCAGCAUUACUUCUGUAGGAACACACACCAGACGUAGCAUUACUUCUGUAGGAACACACACCAGACGUAGCAUUACUUCUGUAGGAACACACACCAGACGUAGCAUUACUUCUGUAGGAACAAACACCAGACGUUGCUUUACUUCUGUAGGAACACACAUCAGACGUAGCAUUACUUCUGUAGGAACAAACACCAGACGUAGCAUUACUUCUGAAGGAACACACACCAGACGUAGCAUUACUUCUGUGGAAACACACACCAGACGCAGCAUUACUUCUGUAGGAACACACACCAGACGUAGCAUUACUUCUGUAGGAACACACACCAGACGUAGCAUUAGUUCUGUAGGAACACACACCAGACGUUGCUUUACUUCUGUAGGAACACACACCAGACGUAGCAUUACUUCUGUAGGAACACACACCAGACGUAGCAUUACUUCUGUAGGAACACACACCAGACGUAGCAUUACUUCUGUAGGAACACACACCAGACGUAGCAUUACUUCUGUGGAAACACACACCAGACGCAGCAUUACUUCUGUAGGAACACACACCAGACAUAGCAUUACUUCUGUAGGAACACACACCAGACGUAGCAUUACUUCUGUGGAAACACACAGCAGACGUAGCAUUACCUCUGUGGACACACACACCAGACGUAGCAUUACUUCUGUAGGAACACACACCAGACGUUGCUUUACUUCUGUAGGAACACACAUCAGACGUAGCAUUACUUCUGUUGGAACACACACCAGACGCAGCAUUACUUCUGUAGGAACACACAUCAGACGUAGCAUUACUUCUGUUGGAACACACACCAGACGUAGCAUUACUUCGUUAGGAACACACACCAGACGUAGCAUUGCUUCUGUAGGAACACACACCAGACGUAGCAUUACUUCUGUAGGAACACACACCAGACGUAGCAUUACUUCUGUAGGAACACACAUCAGACGUGGCAUUACUUCUGUAGGAACACACACCAGACGUAGCAUUACUUCUGUAGGAACACACACCAGACGUAGCAUUACUUCUGUAGGAACACACACCAGACGUAGCAUUACUUCUGUAUGA